UGCCGUUGCUAUGACAACAUAUUAUCGCCGACUUCCUGAUCGCAGUGUGGGAUUCACUUCUUUUUCCUUUUAUUCUUUUAUUAUUCGAAAAACUUAAAUACAAAAGCAAUUUACAGAUGGAAACCUUCAAGCAGCCCACAGGAGGCAGAGGACUCUGGAAUAACCCCAGACCCUCACUGUGCAGCAAGGAGACCCAGGAAAUGCUGAAAUUGAGGAAAGAAGAAUCCAGGUUUAUGCUCCUCCAGAGAAAACAGAUCAACAGGUCCACAAACAGAGGAGCAGAUUUGUCCCGGAUUUCUGAUUCCAGACCACCUCCAAGCAAAUCUGCUCAACACAGACCCAGAAUGUCUCAGAGACGCAGUGCUGAAUCCUGUCAGGCUGGGAACAGUUACGAGAGGGAAAAGUUUCACCCUGGUCCCGUACGGGAUUUGGAAAAAGAAAAGAGACGGCUUCAGAAUAUCAUGGCAACAGGAACUGAAGAGCCUGAAACUGGCUCACCUGGAAAAUUACCUGGAGACAGCAAACAGGAAGAAUCAGAGGAGACAGACCGAUUCCAGGAAGUUUUAAAUGAAAUAGAAGAAAGGAGACAGUUUCUAGCAGAUAUGGCAGCUUUGGGUCAGGAUCAUCAGUAUAGCAGCAUUAUCAAUGCAGAGAUAUCACAGAGACUUCAUGAGCUGGACAUCCUUGAUCAGGCCGGCAGUUCCAAUCAGCGAACGGAGGACUGAAAGUCACUACAGGAGAUAAUGCCUACUGAACAGAGUUGUUUAAACUGAUUUUUGCAGAAAGAAUUAAGAU